CGCGUCGUCCGGCGCGCAGCGGGGCCGGUGGUGGCAGCUGGGGCUGGCUUCGUUGCGUGAGCCGUGGGUUCUACGUCCGCUCCCUCCGCCCUUCGCCUCGUUCGGCCUCUGCAGCCCAACGCCGGCCGUCAUGGUGCCGUCGGCGCGUCCUGCGCGGCCCCGCUGAGCCUCUGUUCCGCGGCGAGCGCGGCUCGGGGUCACCAUGCCUACCCGAGUUUGUUGCUGCUGUUCUGCUUUGCGUCCUCGCUAUAAGCGCCUGGUGGACAACAUAUUCCCGGAAGAUCCAAAAGAUGGCCUUGUGAAAGCUGACAUGGAGAAACUGACAUUUUAUGCAGUAUCUGCUCCAGAGAAACUGGAUCGGAUUGGUUCUUACCUGGCAGAAAGGUUGAGCAGGGAUGUUGUCAGGCAUCGUUCUGGGUAUGUUCUAAUUGCUAUGGAGGCAUUGGACCAACUUCUUAUGGCUUGUCAUUCUCAAAGCAUCAAGCCAUUUGUAGAAAGUUUUCUUCAUAUGGUGGCAAAGCUUCUGGAAUCAGGGGAACCAAAGCUUCAAGUUCUUGGAACAAAUUCUUUUGUCAAAUUUGCAAAUAUUGAAGAAGACACACCAUCCUAUCACAGACGUUAUGACUUUUUUGUAUCUCGAUUCAGUGCCAUGUGUCACUCCUGUCAUAGUGAUCCAGAAAUACAAACAGAAAUCCGAAUUGCUGGAAUCAGGGGUAUUCAAGGCGUGGUUCGCAAAACAGUUAAUGAUGAACUUCGUGCUACCAUUUGGGAACCUCAGCAUAUGGAUAAAAUUGUUCCAUCUCUCCUGUUUAACAUGCAAAAAACAGAAGAAAUUGACAGUCGCAUAGGCCUUCCUUCUUCUCCUUCUGCAGCUGACAAAGAAGAAAAUCCUGCUGUGCUGGCUGAGAACUGUUUCAGGGAACUUCUGGGUCGAGCUACUUUUGGGAAUAUGAAUAAUGCUGUUAGGCCAGUUUUUGCGCAUUUAGAUCAUCACAAACUGUGGGAUCCCAAUGAAUUUGCAGUUCACUGCUUUAAAAUUAUAAUGUAUUCCAUUCAGGCUCAGUAUUCUCACCAUGUGAUCCAGGAGAUUUUAGGACACCUUGAUGCUCGUAAAAAAGAUUCUCCUCGGGUUCGAGCCGGUAUUAUCCAGGUUCUGUUAGAGGCUGUCGCCAUUGCUGCCAAAGGUUCCAUAGGCCCCACAGUGCUGGAAGUUUUCAAUACCCUUUUGAAGCAUCUGCGCCUCAGUGUUGAAUUUGAAGCAAAUGAUUUACAGGGUGGAUCUGGAGGCAGUGCCAACUUAAGCACAAGUUCCAAAGACAGUGACGAGAAGAUUGUGCAGAAUGCUAUCAUCCAAACAAUAGGAUUUUUUGGAAGUAACCUGCCAGAUUAUCAAAGAUCAGAAAUCAUGAUGUUCAUUAUGGGGAAAGUACCUGUUUUUGGAACAUCUACCCAUACUUUGGAUAUCAGUCAACUAGGGGAUUUGGGAACCCGGAGGAUUCAGAUAAUGUUGCUGAGAUCUUUACUUAUGGUAACCUCUGGAUACAAAGCAAAGACGAUUGUUACUGCCCUGCCAGGGUCUUUUCUGGAUCCUUUGCUAUCACCGUCUCUCAUGGAAGACUCUGAACUGAGACAGCUGGUCUUGGAAGUAAUGCAUAACCUCAUGGAUCGCCAUGACAACAGGGCAAAGCUCCGCGGGAUCAGAAUAAUACCAGAUGUAGCUGACCUAAAGAUAAAAAGAGAAAAAAUUUGCAGACAAGACACAAGUUUCAUGAAAAAGAAUGGGCAACAGCUAUAUCGGCACAUAUAUUUGGGCUGUAAAGAGGAAGACAAUGUUCAGAAAAACUAUGAGCUACUUUAUACUUCCCUUGCUCUUAUAACUAUUGAACUGGCCAAUGAAGAAGUGGUUAUUGAUCUCAUUCGAUUGGCCAUUGCUUUACAGGACAGUGCGAUUAUCAAUGAGGACAAUUUGCCGAUGUUCCACCGUUGUGGAAUCAUGGCGCUGGUUGCAGCAUACCUCAACUUUGUAAGUCAGAUGAUAGCUGUUCCUGCAUUUUGCCAGCAUGUUAGCAAGGUUAUUGAAAUUCGAACUAUGGAAGCCCCUUAUUUUCUACCGGAGCACAUUUUCAGAGAUAAGUGCAUGCUUCCAAAAUCUUUAGAGAAGCAUGAAAAGAAUUUGUAUUUUCUGACCAACAAGAUUGCCGAGUCACUAGGUGGAAGUGGAUAUAGUGUUGAGAGAUUGUCAGUACCAUACGUACCACAAGUGACAGAUGAAGAUCGACUUUCUAGAAGAAAAAGUAUCGUGGACACCGUGUCCAUUCAGGUGGAUAUUCUGUCCAACAGUGUUCCUUCGGAUGACAUGGUUAGUAACACUGAAGAAAUCACGUUUGAAGCAUUGAAGAAAGCAAUUGACACGAGUGGAAUGGAAGAGCAAGAAAAGGAAAAGAGGCGUCUUGUUAUAGAGAAAUUUCAGAAAGCACCUUUUGAAGAAAUAGCAGCACAGUGUGAAUCAAAAGCAAAUUUGCUUCACGAUAGACUUGCUCAAAUAUUGGAACUGACCAUACGUCCUCCUCCUAGUCCAUCAGGAACACUGACCAUUACUUCUGGGCACGCCCAAUACCAGUCUGUCCCAGUCUAUGAGAUGAAGUUUCCAGAUCUGUGCGUGUAUUGAGUGGCUCAUGAAGACCUUGGCAUCGGAUUUUAAACUCUUAAAAUUAAGGCCAAGCUGAGUUUUCAGGGUACAUACUUCUUGCCAAUAAUGAUGGAACCUGAACCAAAUUCUUGGCGUACCGUAUUAGAAGUUUUGGAGCUAUAUAUGAUUGAGAGUACUUUUGAAGAUAGAUUUAUGCCAUGUUAAUUUGCCUUGAGGUUCCUGUUGGCUUUUAAAGUUGAACAUACAUUGAUCUCAUAUUAUUCCCUUGUUAAACAGUAUAUUUUAAACUUUUCACAAACAUGUAAUUUUUUUUUAAAAAAGGAAGCCUUCAGAGGAUUAAAAAUAUUUGAAAUGUCUAUCGUAUUUCUUAACAUGUACACAAUUGCUUAGAGAUAGAAUUGCUUUUGGUUUUGGUUUUCUACAAAAGCUGAUACCUUCAAAUAUAUUCCUAAUCCUGGGCCUGCAAAGCAGCCCUAGGGCUUUGUCUCCAUGCUGUAGGUCACUGUUGACGGGCAUCCCUCUAUUCACUCACCGUAAUCGUAUGUCAUAGGCAUUCCUCAUUGUUCACAGUGAUAAGAAAUCUAUUGAACAGCAUUCCUACAAUAUGACCCUAAAAAUUGCCGUACUUUAAAACACCUAGUUCUUGUAAUACUGUGUUUCCUGCCAAGAGUUUGAUCAUUCUGCUUAAGGGGCGUAGAGCUUACUCUUGGAGUACCGAACUGUGCAAUAUUUUUUACAUCAUAAGAUGUGUUAGUUUACAGGCUGUGCUUUGAAAUUAUAGUAUUUUACUGUGGCUCCAGUAAUUAAAUGAGAUAUAUAUUUAGUAUAGGGGAGAAAAAGAUGUUUAAAACAGCUACUAGUUCACCUGUGAGGAAACUGUACAUUUUGAUUUUCAUUAAGAACACAUUAAUUUGCGCUUUUAUGCAUUGUUUUAGAUCCUCCUAAUCAACAAAUUCUCCAAACGGAUUUUUAUUAUAGAAUUUAAACCAUAACUUUGAUGCAUCUGUGUUUUGAAUUGGUUAUAUUACAUUGGAAAAGAGUAUCUGUGUUUUCACAGUCAAGUGUGCUAAGGUUUGAUAAUUUAAGCUGCUUUUGAUUUCACCUCCCAAACUCACAGGUUCAUUCUGUGCACACACUGACAGGCCCAUAAAUUUGCGUACAUUUUAGUGAAUUACAUUCCAUGGUAAGAUGAAUAACUUUCUUUAUAACUCUCAUAAAAUUCUCUUAGGACGUUUUUAUAAAAUCACCUGUUUGUACAAGUAGUUCUACCUUUUCAGAUUCAGGGUUUUUUUUGUUUUUCUUUUUGCAUAAAACUAUAUACAUAUUAGAAACUGCAGCUCUAGUUUUUGGCUUAUGUUUUUGUUGGAAAAGUUGCAAUGAAGAAUGGGAUGUUUUAACUUAGUAUUUGUGUUUAUUUGGGCACCUUGAGUAAAAACAGGAAAGUAAAUAAAUGAUAACAGAACAAGUAAAUAAAUGAUAGCAGAACAAGUAUACUCGAAAAUUUUUGAAUAUUUUAACCAAAGUGCUACUUCUUGAAACAGAAUCUAGUCAUUUAAACCUAUAAAAUGAUAUAAAACAUCCUAGGCUAUUUAUUAAAUGUAGAUAGACAAGACCUUGUUUUCCAAGUGACAGUGGAGUCACCACUGGAGAUCUCAAUGGCCACAUUGCAGCUGCCACUACAACUUUGCCUUUUGAUCGGGUAAAAUGCUUUACUAGUUAAUAAGCCAAGUUUGGUGGGUUUUUUGUUUUUUUUAUUUCCCUUUUUUUCUUAUGUAUUUUUAAAGAAGGCUAUUAAUUUCUGACUGUGCGUUUUUAAAAAUCUAAGCAGGGGGACAUGCAAAACCAAUCAUCAUCCACUUGGAUGUCAUUUUAUAGAUUAACACUGUGUGCUUUUGUAUGGAAAUAUAUAUAAUUUAAUAGUAUAAGCAAAGAAGAUAUAUAUUCAUUUGCACUCAUGUGAAACAAACUUUGCUCUGCAAAAGUUCAUGUUUCUUAGUAAUUUAAAAAUGCAUGUAUUGCAUGUAAAGGAAAACCGUUGCAAUUAAUGUUAAUCACAACUUUCUCAUGGUCUUUGUAAAUUAUUGAUUUGGGUUUUGGGGUUUUCUUCUUCUGAUUUUUAAAUCACAGUAGACUUCUAUAUAUCCUGGAUUAUUGAACUGGUCUUAUUGACAAGGAUUCCCAAGAAUUGGAUCUCUUCUCUGGCUGACCUGUCCAUUUCUAACGGGGAUUCUUUAGGAAUUACGUAUGCAUAUUGUGUUGUAGCCAAUUUAAAUACUGGAAGUUUAGGAUUUAUUGAAGUUUGCUGUAUUGCUAUAUUUUUGUAGAUAUAGAAAACUCUUAAUUGUUAAAAUUUCUCUUUUUGCUGUAUACAGUUGCUCAUAUUCUUUUCUUGACAUUGAAGAGUUAACAUUUAAAUGUCCCUUCUGUGCUUGUGUUGUCUGUGACUGGUAUAUAGAGUUUUAUUAUUAUGAAGUUUACCUGAAUACACAUGUGCGCGUGCACACACACACACACCUCUACUUCCUUAAUACUUCUGAACUCAUUAUCUUGUAGAAUAACAUUACACUUUACCAGCAGUUAACUUCCCUCUACCCAAGAUGUUUCUCUUCUUCCUGUCUGAAAAUGGAACUUAUUUGUCUUCUUCAUGCUGAUAAUAUGUAUUAAAUGUAAUGAAGUUAAGUUUCCUCAAAUGUAAAAAUUCACUGUGCAAUUCAUACGUAAGCAAUAAAACAAAAAUUGAAUUA